AUGAACGAAGAUAUCUUUCGAGGUGAUGCUGAUGAUGAUUUACAGACCAAUUCAGACUCUCUCUUUGCAACUGAGGCAAGUGAUUUGUCCCCACCACUUUCAGACCCGUUGGAGGUUGACUACACUGUCACUCCACAGGACGCGAACGACAAUGACGAGGAGUUUGGCGAAUUCGUUUCAGCAUCGACUGACCCUUUUAAGCAGCCCGUUUUCUCCACUGUAGACAACGAUGAUGAGGCUCAAUCACUUCUCACCAUUGACUCGGACUCUGGCGUUGAGUUCGGGGAAAUCGCAGGUACGGGAAUCGUCCCUCCAGUCCUUGCUCGCCUAGAAAAUUCGACACGCCGCAUUCGCCAAGCAGGCAAGAACGUACAAUAUAAAUGGCGGAUUCUUCAGGGCAUACAGCUUUCAAAAAUCGAGUUCAAGGCUCAGCCUGCUGUUGUUUGUGAAUCCCCUGCCCCGACGACUGCUCUUGAAGAGUUGGCGGAAUUUGCCAGAGUAGCUGCAACUACCACUGAGGUUAUCAAGCAACAGAAGGCUAAUCAUUCUGCGGUUGAGGCUGUUUCUUUGGACUGGGUUGUCCGGCCUGUAUGCUUUGGGAUGCCGCUUUUCACAGAGAUUCCGAAGGAGCUCAUCCGUGAUCUUGAAGAUUAUAUGGAGGCUGAGCGUGCUGCUUGGAGCGACUUCGCGGUCUGA